AUGCUGGUAGUUGCAUAUGGACCACGAGACCCCUUGAACACUUCCCCUGUUGAAAGAGUGCCUGGCCGUUUAGGAAGACCAAGGAAGGUACAGCCCCCACCACCACCCAUGUGGGAUGAUGGGGGGGCAACAGAUGGCUUAGAGGAUGUGGCAACAGAACCAUCUUACCACCAGUUUGCAGACCCCUCUCUUGGCAAUGCCUUAGAGCAGAUGAGGCAGCUGCGAAUUGAUUGUAAUACUGCACUUGUGGAUAUGGAUAAAAGACAGAUGGUUUAUGCGCACAGAGCUGUAUUAGUGGCUCGCAGUCCGUACUUCUAUAGACAGAUGUACUUAAGAAGAAAAAAGUUAAAAUACCUAUACCAGUUCUGCCGUUUUACACUACCCAUUGCUGUGAAUUUUGAUGUCGUUGAUGCUGUUGUUUCCUUUAUGUAUACAGGGUCCAUGAGUACUCUAUGGGGCAAAGGCACGGCAUCUGUAAGGAAGGUGCUCUCCCUCUUUGAGAUGAAGGAAGCCCUGGAACAGUAUGAUCAAGAAGUAGCAGGAAGAGAGGUUGAGGAGAAGGAGCCCCGUCGGCCAAGAAAGCGCAUCAAACGCGACCCUGGCGAAGACGACUUGGAGAGCCUUGUGAUGCCACUUCUGUCAGACACGGGUGGACCUGGUGAUGGAGGGCCAGACGAUGGACUGGGAGAAGAGAGGAGGAGAAGGAGGAGGACUGUCACAGACCAUGAGGGUGGAGGAGAUGAUGCACAUGGAAAAAUGAAGGUAUCAGUCCAGAAGAUUGUCGACAGUGCCCUGACACCCUUCCUUGGUAAGAUUGAAGAACUCUUUGAUCCUUCUGCAUCAACUCUUCAAAUUGCCAGGACUUCACAACACAUUAUCACUCUCUGGCAUGCAGACAUCCUCCUCACUAAGCUAUUUGACCAGAAUGACCUCACCAAGUUCUUCUCAGAAGUCAUGAAUAGUUUAGAAAAGAAGAAUCUCAUGCACCAGCAGGGGAGUGCAGACACAGAAGGUAAUGGCUUCAGUGUGGAAUUGCUAGUCACUCAUACUGGAGACCCUCUAGUAGAUGAAGCAUACAGCAAAGCUUCCAUAGGGGAUUCAGUUGUCCAGGAGGUGGAAACAAUCACAGUAGGUGACAUGCAAAUUAUCAAUUAUCAUCAAUUUGAUCCCCAACAUAUUCCAAAAUAUGUUCACAUGAUAGCAAUGUACCGCUACUGGAUCCGCAUGGGAAAGAGGUCAAUGGGCAGGUCCGAUCCUAGUGGUGGAGGGGGAGGAGGAGCUGGAAGUAAAGACACUUUGAUGCCACCCUUACUGGAGGGCGAUGUUUUACCUGAUGAUUCAUCAGCACCUCAUGACCUAGAUGACCUUGUUAACAGAAUGGCAGUUGGGGGAGAUGACCUGCUGGUAGGCAGUGGAGGAGCUCUAACAAAAGCAUGCUUCCAGCAGGUAAGCAAUGACUUGAAACGCAGGGCUGUAUCAGAUUUAGAACUGUAUGUCAAUCCAUCAUUUCACGAGGAGUUGAUUAUGCACAUAAUGGUUGAUCAGGUGGAGGACAGAGGAACACUUCCACUUAGCCUGGCCGUUUUUCUUGCCAAGGGCUGUAAUUUCUGUCGGAAGAAGGAGUGUAAAGGGGAAGAUUUAACUCUGCCAAUUAGUCCUGACAAUCCAGUGUGUCCUGAUCGCCAAUGUAUUAAGCGCAAUCUUAUAUGUGAAAUUUGUAAUAAGCAGAUGUCAAACUCAAAGUCACUAGCAAGACACAAGUAUAGUUUGCAUGAUAUCCAGGUAGGAGACACAGGUGGUCUCUUUAUUUGCAGUCACUGUGGUGAAACAUUUAGUAAAAAAUGGAAACUCAACAUGCAUGAAAGGCAACAUGAAGACAGAAAGCUAGAAGUCAACUGUCAUAUUUGUGGAAAAGUCAUGCGUGGAGCUAUGGCAUUAAAAAAGCAUGUCAGUAUGGUUCAUGAGACAAAGCCACAGUUCCAGUGUGACUUCUGUAACAAGAGCUUUAAACGGAAAGAGACACUGAAUGUCCAUCGUAGAAUCCACACAGGAGAAAAACCAUUCCCCUGUGCACGCUGUGAUUAUGCAUCAGAAACUAAAGGCAAUCUCAAGGCACACAUGUGGCGUAAGCACAAGAUACAGUUGGGUGGCCCUACAGCUGAACAGCAGCAACAGCAACAGCAAGCAGCAGAGGAACAAGCAAUGGCUGCUACAUUAGUUGCUCAUGCACAUACACUUGCAGAUGGUUCUUUCAUUAUUGCGCAAGGAGCUCCGCCUCCAGGCACAAUAAUAUCAUAAGUCUGAUGGGUUAUAUCUCAGCUGAGAUAUAAUCAAGAAUUAAAAGAUUCUGAAUUUUGAAUAUAUGGUACCUGAAUAAUCAGUGAGUUUGCCUGUGAUAAUUAUGUUUAUAGAUAUGCAGUAUAUUGUUAUGACUUUUAAUUCUAUGUUUUUUCUUAAAUUCUUUCUUUCUUUUUGCUUUAUAAUAUUUGUUUAUUAUAGAGCUAAUGUAUUUUAUUGAUAUUCAGAUUAGAAGUCUGGUUACAACUUUUUUCAGAUAAGAUCUCCAAACUAGUCUGUGGCAAAUAUCAGUUCAACAUUAUACACUGUAUCAGGGAAAAAGUAUAUGCCAAACAUUUUAGUGUUAGGUUAUCUAAACUGUAGAGGUUACAGUUUUAUCUUUUUUUAUAGCAUGAUGUUCAAAAGUGCAUAACUUAAGACUGACUUUUUUCUUCUUCUUUUUUCCCUUCAUAAAUAUAUUAUAAGACACUUGAGCUUCAAGCAAUAGAUAUACUUCCUUAUCUGAACUUAAGUUUCAAGCAGUAGAUAUUAUUCCUCAGGCUUCCACCACCAUAGAAUGGCUGAUUUUAAUAGAAGUCUUUCUUUUGCUUACUGUAUUUUUACAGUUAAAUGAAGAGAUUCAAGAGCUCUUCUUGGAUAUUUUGUGUACUGUACUAGAUACUGGUGAACAUUCUGGAUAAUGGGUAUAUAUUUGUAGCAGGCUGUUAAAUUGUUCUUCUCUCCUAAUACUGUGCCUUCUCAGAUGUCUGUGAACCAAAGAUAAUUAAACAGGAAAAAAUAAGCAAGACAUUUCAUUGGCAUUUAUUAGAUAAUCUGGUUAAUAUGUAUGUAUUUGUGUGUAUAUUUUUAAGUUGUUAUUUAUGUUGAACAGAUGGUUUGUUUACCUGAUAUAAAUUAGUCAUGAUGUU